AUUUCUGUAAAAAAUUUAUCGCAAUUAUUAUUUUGGAGUUAUAUAAAUUAAUUUGUGGCAAUCCUCUCUUUCCCGAAGUAUCUACAUCAGUAAUUAGAUAAGAAGCCACUUUUACCUCUUCUGUAAAAAUCAUUGUGCGUUUUCUCCCUGCGUAUUACCGCGACUACCGUAUAGAUCCAACGAUCACCAAGGAAACUUAACGAUAUAACAUGAACAUGGUGCUGCUUAUCAGUAACAUUCUCACAGUACCAAGUUUUUAUAUCAAUCGUAUAGCCUCUCUGCGCUAUCUGUAAUGAAUUUAUAACUCAAGCGAUAAUUUAACUGUGAAUUGAUAGAAUUUUUAUCAGUAUGCAACGGACACCGAUGUUACCUUGCCUCCCAGGAUUUAGCGUUGACAGGAAUCUCGGUAGAACAAGAUUUCACAAGAGCCAGAAUUUCGACAAGAUACACGAUGGAGUUUAUUAUUUAUCCGAGAAAGCGGAUAGGAGAGCGUACAGCCGUUAUGCGUCCAUCUAUCCUCGAGGGGAGGAGCCAGAAAUUCCGCCGUGGCUUGCAUACGAUGGCCAAAGACUCAUGUUCAAAGCGUUUUUCCAAGAGACUGUGCAAGAGAAGUGGAAAACAGCCUUCCACAUUCGCGUGGUGAACAUUAGCUUUUUUCUCGAGGACGGAACGAUGAAAAUCGUAGAGCCGUCUGUGGACAAUAGUGGUCUUGAGCAAGGUGUUUUGGUCAGACGUCAAAGGAUACCGAUUCCCGAUCCAGUGAAGUAUAGAUAUUACGACAUACUUGACUUGAAUAUCGGAAAGGAACCCGAGAUAUACGGGCGAGUGUAUAAAAUCGUAGAUUGCGACAAAUUCACGAGGCAAUUCCUUAAUCGCCUGGGGAUACCAGUACCCGAUCCGAUCGAUAUACCAAAGGAUCCGUAUCGCGAAGUUCGAAAAGUCGAAGUAUUUCCGAAAAAACCUAGUCGCAUGGUGGACACUCUCGGUAACUUUUUGAAGUAUGACAGACAGGUGCUCCGAUUUUACGGAUACUGGGACGAUACCGAGAGUCCUCACGGUAUUAUCCACGAUCUCGAGCUGCAUUAUUAUCUCUCUGAUAAUACAAUGGAAAUCAAGGAAAAUGUACCGCCGAACGCUGGUCGAGAUUCCGGCCCGAUGCUCGUUAAAAGGAUGAAGAUACCGAAGUUUUAUAGCGGCUUGCAACCGAUCGGCGCGGAAAAUCAUUUCACGGUUUUGAAUGUAUUAGGCGAGAAUGCAAGGCAGAGCUAUUACAUGAUGGAUUCUCUGGACACCGGCAACAUUUCCACCGAUUAUUACAAGGAUAAUGAGUUGGGCAUCGGAGCGGAGAUUAGUGUUUUCGGCAGAAGAAUUGUCAUCACAGACAUGGAUGCUUUUACCAAGGAAUAUUAUCGAACGAAGUACGGCUUGGAUGACUUUACCCCUCUGACAAGGCCUCGAAAAGGCGAUGAAUACCAGAAGAUCGAGAGGUACAUACCGCCCUACAACGGUUUUGGAUCUUACGAGGAUUCCCUUGGAAACUGUUUUACAGUAUUACCGAAACCGCCUAAGACAGACUUCAUCAAGUUUCUGUAUCACGACAAACAGGGCUUUAAUAGUCACGUCUUGAGAUUUCGGGCGAAAAUGGUAUCAAAAAUCCCAGGAAACGAAGAGAGACAAUUCAUUAUAAGACUAUAUCUCAUGGACGAUACGAUAUCGAUUUUCGAAUUGGCGAAACGAAACUCAGGCUUUCAGAGAUCCUUGUUCCAAAAACGGAUGCCGAUAAUGUUGCCUGGUCAGGAUAUUUUCACAAGCAAGAAACCGGAAUACUACAAAUCAUACGAUUUUUACAUAGGAGCACGCUUAAACCUGUACGACUUUCAUUUCGAAAUUACAUCCGCGGAUGUUUAUGCCCUGCGUUACAUGGAAUUACAUUGCGACAAGUUUCCCAAAGCGAACAAGAAAUUGAUAAUGGAGAAACUUCGAGAGAGUCUACAGCCAGUUUACAAAGAGUUCGUUCAACUGUACGCCCCACCUAAAGACGCGAAAGACGAUACUCGAAUUUUAGAAUAUGAAAAGCUUAAGGAGGCGUUACACCGCUAUAUGGGGGACAAGAUAACGGAACACGAAAUGAUCACGAUUGCUCGAUAUUAUUCAUCUCACGAGAAGAUAGAACACCGAUCGAGAGAAUAUGUGAGACGUUUGCUGCACACGGAGCUACACCGAUUUUUGUGGUACGAUCUCGAUCGCUUAAAGGAGGAUUUACAUCACUGGGACGGCGACAGAACGGGAUUUCUAUCUCGGGAAUCCCUGUAUACAAUCCUGCGCGGCUGCAGGAUUCCCGUCGACGUGGAAUUGCUGAAUUCCAUGCUGGAUCACUUGCGCAAGGCUGAAGACGGCAGAAUCGACUACGACGACCUGCUGCGGUUCAUGAAUGUGAAAAUCGAUCCCGUGCCACCCGCUGAACCCGUAAACGUGAAAACGGCACUUUGGUGGGCAUCCGAAAGAGAACCUGACUGCGGAGGAGGGAUAAAUUGGUGCGAGUUUAUCAAGGAUCUAGACAUAAGGACGGAGGACGCGAUCCAGAAUAAUGGCAACGUGGAAACGGAACCCGCGCUAGGACACUGAACGCGUUCGCGAUCGAGAUCUUCGCGAGAAAAUAUUUUUCGACUGCGAC